GCAGCGGCAGUGCCUGCGCUUAAGUCUAAACCCUGCAAUCUCUUAAGAGGGCGGAGGUGACCAUUCCGCCGGUCUUUUCUGAUACUGUCUCUCUGUUCCUAAAUUCACCACCUGCCAGGAUUUUGAGAGAUUUCAACACAAAAAGGAAGGCUUGCCAGCAACAACAAAAGAACCAAUCCAGUAAAGGUGUCACUUUGGAACUGUUUAAAACUGACAACAAACAAAAAUGAAGUGUUCAUUCUUUCUGACACAAACGCUGAGCAGCCUCCUACUCCUCUUCAACGUUACUGAUGUACAGAAUGUGAGCGCUAAAAUGAAUAUUCCCAGACUUCGGCUGUCCUACAAGGAUCUCUUGGCAGCCAAUCGAUCAGUCAUGUUCUUUGGUCAUCGUGGUUUCCUGGAUUUCCGCUCGAUGUUCCUCGAUGAGUACCACGACCGCCUUUUCAUUGGAGCCAAAGAUACCUUGUACUCCCUCCAGCUGGACCAGGCAAACAUUGGUGCCCGAGAGAUUUACUGGCCGGCUUUGCCUGGCCAGGAAGAGGAAUGUGCCCUCAAGGGGAAAGACCCAUUUAGUGAAUGUGCCAACUACGUGCGGGUAUUGCAUCCGUAUAACCGAACCCACCUGCUGGCCUGUGGAACUGGGGCCUUCCAGCCACUGUGUGCCCUGGUGUACGUGGGGCACAGAGGAGAGCAUGCUUUCAGGAUGGAGGUGAACAGCAUACAAAAUGGCCGUGGCAAAUGUCCACAUGACCCAAACCGACCUUUUGCAAGCACUUUCAUUGGUGAGGAGCUGUAUUCUGGACUGACGGCCGAUUUCUUAGGAAGGGACCCCGUCAUCUUCCGCAGCCUGGGGUCUCGAUCCACCAUGAGAACGGAACUCGACCAGCGAUUGUUGCAAGACCCCAAGUUUGUGGCCGCUCACCUCAUUCCAGACAACGUUGACCGUGACAACGACAAGGUUUACUUCUUCUUCACCGAGAAGGCCAUGGAGUCAGAGGGCAAAGUCCGAGCAAUCUACAGCCGCAUCGGACGCAUUUGCGCUAAUGACGCAGGAGGACAAAGGGCGCUAGUAAACAAAUGGAGCACAUUUGUCAAAGCCAGGCUGAUAUGUUCUGUUCCGGGACCUGAUGGUAUAGACACGUACUUUGAUGAGCUUGAGGAUAUGUUUCUACUGAGAACUAAAGAUGAGAAGAAUCCUGAAAUUUAUGCUCUAUUUAGUACAAUAAGCAAUGUAUUCCAAGGCUACGCUGUUUGUGUCUAUCGUAUGGCUGAUCUACGAGAGGUGUUCAAUGGGCCAUAUGCUCACAAGGAAGGACCUGACUAUCAGUGGACUGCUUAUGAGGGCAAAGUACCUUAUCCCAGACCUGGAUCUUGUCCCAGUAAGAUCACCACGCAGCCCAGUCGGAUGUACACCAGCACCAAGGAUUACCCAGAUGAUGUGCUCCAUUUCGCUCGCAGCCACCCUCUAAUGUUCCAGUCGGUGAACCCUAUCAAUCAGCAUCCAGUGCUCAUUAAAACCAACGUCCAGUACAAGAUGACACAGAUUGUGGUGGACCGGGUAGAGGCAGAAGACGGGCAGUACGAUGUCAUGUUCAUUGGAACAGAUACUGGGGUAGUCCUGAAGACAAUUGCCCUGCAGAAGGGUAACGCAGUACAGAGUGAGGAAGUUAUCCUCGAAGAACUCCAGGUGUUUAAGAUUCCGAAUCCUAUCACGUCCAUGGAGAUCUCAGUGAAACGGCAGCAGCUGUACAUUGGCUCGAGGGUAGGGGUCGCCCAGGUGAAGCUCCAUCAGUGUGAGACUUACGGCAAUGCAUGUGCUGAGUGCUGCCUCGCCAGAGACCCCUAUUGUGCCUGGGAUGGAAGCUCCUGUACCAGAUACCAGCCAGCUGCUAAAAGACGUUUCCGAAGACAAGAUAUUUGGAACGGUAACCCGAUUCACCAGUGUCUGGAUCAGAGUCUGAUUGUAGAAGAGUUUGAUAGUGCGGAGGAGAGUGUGGUGUAUGGCACUGAACACAACAGCACCUUUCUUGAAUGCAUCCCAAAGUCUCUUCAGGCCACCGUCAAAUGGUUCGUACAGCGAGCUGUGGAUGAUAUGAAAGAUGAGGUGAAAACCGAUGACAGGAUCAUCAAAACCGAGCACGGCCUCUUAUUCCGAAGGAUAUACCGAAUGGACGAGGGGAUGUAUUACUGCAAAACGAUGGAGCACGGCUUCACCCAGACGGUGAGAAAGAUCUCGCUGGAGGUGAUCGAGAGCGAGCAGCUAGACGAGAUCUUCGGCCGCGACGAUGAGGAGCAUGCUAACCGCCCGUGUGUCACACAGCCCCGCCGACUGCACAGCCAGAAGCCAUGGUUCAAGGACAUCAUGCAGCUGAUCGGCUACUCGAACCUGCACCGCGUGGAGGAGUACUGCGAGCGGGUCUGGUGCAAUGAGAAGCAGCGGAAAAAGCGCAAGAUGAUGGUGAACAAGUGGAAGUACGUGGGGGAAGGGGGUCGGCGAGCUAAGAGCAAGCCACGCAACAGGACACCCAGACACAUCCCGGCCGACACAUAAAGUCUGCCUGAACUCUGCUCGGGUGGUUAGGAAGGACUGAGCCCACGAAGGUAUACUACAGGCGAAACACCCGAGUAACUUUUCAAAAAUGGACUUUUCUCAAUCGAGGCUGUGAACCACAUUGCUGGAAAUUUUGGGAGAGAGGAUAAUUUCAGUCAACAAAAAAACCAAAGAUCCCCCACCCCACACCACCCCCCCGCUAAAUCUUCACCUCCAUUUAUAACCCUAAUCAAAUAUUCCUUUGAUUUUAGAGUUUAUUGUGCCAUAGCAUUGACCUUGUUGUUUUAGUAAAUAGAACCGUACUGUAAUGUCAAGCUCUGCAUAUUUAUAACUGUUAUUUAAUGACUCCUUGGAAUUGCUGAAUGUUCGGUUUAAGAGCAAAGGAACCUGCUAUAUUUGAACAGAAACCAUAAAAACUAAUGGACCAAGGAAUGGUUACAGUUGAGUGUUUCCCAACUUGUUCAACCAUUGGUCUGUAAGAUGUUGUUCACAUGAGCAGGGCCAGAUAUAUGAUAUCUUCAGUCAGAGUUGUGAUGUUGACCCAGGGAAGUCGUUUCUACGGUCAUCUAUCACAGUGUGCGUAAAAGUGCCUGAGCAAAACCUGACAUCCCACUGUACCACAGCAAGAUACAAUUCUUUAUAAUUGCUACAUGCCUUAAUGACCAAUUGAUGCAGUGUUUCUGGGCUAUUCCAGGAGACGAUUUCAUCCCUUGAGAUUUUUAGUAGUUAAUGCUUUAGUUUUGUUCGAGAGGGAAUUGAGCAAAACCAGAUUUACUAAUUCAUGAAAAUUGCAUUGAGAGCUAGGUUCAACCUCUGAUUAUGUUUUUGUGAACCCCUGCUCCAGGGAAUAGGUGUUUGCUAGGACGUGAAUUCUGAAUUUUGAUGGGCGAAUUAUGAAGUAAAAUUGCCAUAAGACUGCCAAAAGCUAGAGCCAGUCUCUCAUUGGGAGAGAUGACUGGUGAUGAUUUAACAUGAGGCUGUCAGGCAAGGGCUGACCGUGGUGAUACAUGUAAUGAACCUGUGAUGUUGAUAUCACUCUGCAUCGCAAACAAGCCGUCCAGCCCACUGAGCUAACCAGCUCCCAAGCGCAUUAUGUAGAAGUGUAUUGGAUGGCUGUUUUCAGAUGGCUUGUUCCAAUGUGUAUAUUCCACUGGGUGUAUUCCGAUGUGUAUAUUCUGAUGGGUGUAUUCCAAUGGGACUAUUCCUAUGGGUAGUAUUCUGAUUGGUAUAUUCUGAUGGGUGUGUUAUGAUGGGCGUAUUCAGAUUGGUGUAACGCAAUAGUUGUAUUCUAUUGGGAACAUUCUGAUUGGUGUAUUCUGAUGAGUGUGUUAUGAAAGGUGUAAUCCAAUGGGUGUAAUAUGAUGGGUAUAUUCCAAUGGGUAUAUUCCAAUGGGUAUAUUUCAAUGGGAGUAUAUGAUGGGUGUAAUCCGAUGGGUGUAUUUCAACAGGACUAGGUGUAUUCUGUUGGAAAUAUUCCGAUGGGUUGAUAUCACUCUACAUUGCAAACAAGUCAUCCAGCCCACUGAGCUAACCAACUCCCACAUGCGUUGUGUUGAAGUGUAUUGGAUGGCUGUUUUCAGAUGGGUGUGUUCCAAUGUGUAUAUUCCACUGGGUGUAAUCCAAUGGAUGUAAUCCAAUGAGUGUAAUCCGAUAUUCUGAUUGGUGUAUUCUGAUGGGUGUAUUCCAAUGGGUGUAUUUUCUGAUAGGUGUGUUCUGAUGGGUGUAUUCUGAUUGGUGUAAUCUAAUGGGUAUAAUCCAAUGGGUGUAAUACGAUGGGUAUAUUUCAAUGGGAGUAUUCCAAUAGGUGUAUUCUCAUGGAAAUAUUCUGAUGGGUGUAUUCCGAAGGGUGUAUCCCAAUGGGAGUAUUCUGAUGAGUGUAAUCCGAUGGGUGUAAUACAAUGGGUAUAUUCCAAUCGGUAUAUUUCAAUGGAGCAUUCCGAUGGGUAUAUUCCAAUCGGUAUAUUUCAAUGGAGCAUUCCGAUGGGGAUAUUCCAAUCGGUAUAUUUCAAUGGAGCAUUCCGAUGGGGAUAUUCCAAUGGGUAUAUUUCAAUGGGAGUAUUCCGAUGGGUGUAAUCCAAUGGGGAUAUUCCAAUGGGCAUAUUUCAAUGGGAGUCCUCCGAUAGGUGUAUUCUGAUGGAAGUAUCCCGAUGGGUGUAUUCUGAUGUGUGUAUUCCGAAGGGAGUAUUCCGAUGGGAGUAUUCUGACAGGUGUAAUGUGAUGGGUGUAAUCCUAUGGGAGUAUUCUGAUGGAUGCCUGGCUGUGAUGUUUCAUUUACAGGAAAUCCUGGUUUGUCUAUCACUGUCCAAACAUUACCUAAUGGCUGAGCCUGGUUGUAUUCAUUCUGGUUAAAUGUUGACUUAAAGGGUAAACCAUAUGUGAUUAAUGUUGUAAAUAGGCAACUGAGCAUUCAGAAAUAACAUUUCUCUGGAGAUAUGGAAAGUAAAAUGAGUGUGCAAUUCUACUCUGGAUACAGUAAAUCUCUGUUUGGAUUGUGUAUCAAUCUCCGACCCUGGGAAUUAACAACACCUGUUACACAUGGGGUUAAUCUCCCAGCAGUCCC